GGCCUUAGUAACUUGAGUUGGGCUGAUUAUAAUCAUAUGACGGUUUUAGAAUCUUCAUAUUUUUCGCGGGAAAUGAUUUCUUCCAUAGCAGCAACCGGAGGACCAUCAACUUUCCGGCGAGAUCCCGAUCCAAACGCUCUCAGGCUAUCACGCCGGAAAACGUUCAUCUCUCUCCUACGAAACUGCAAGAACGUCGCUCAGGUUCCACCGAUACACGCCAAGAUCAUCCGAACCUUCCAUGGACAAGACGCUUUCGUUGUCUUCGAACUUAUCCGCAUCUGCUCCACUCUCGAUUCAAUCGACUACGCAUACGACGUGUUUCGUUACGUCUCCGACCCUAACGUGUAUCUCUACACCGCCAUGAUCGAUGGAUUCGUCUCAUCCAAUCGUUUCUCUGAUGGAGUUGCGUUGUAUCGUCGUAUGAUUGACGAUUCGAUCAUGCCUGAUAACUACGUGACCACCUCUGUUCUGAAAGCGUGUGAUUUGGAGGAGUGCAGAGAGGUUCACGGUCACGUUUUGAAACUCGGGUUCGGGUCUAGCAGAUCGGUGAGGCUAAAACUGAUGGAAGUCUACGGGAGAUAUGGAGAAUUGGCUGAUGCGAAGAAGGUGUUCGAUGAAAUGCCUGAGAGAGAUGAGGUUGCGGCGACGGUUAUGAUAAACUGUUAUUCUGAGAGUGGUUAUAUGAAAGAGGCGUUAGAGCUGUUCAAAGAUGUUAAGGUUAAAGAUACGGUUUGUUGGACUGCGAUGAUCGAUGGGUUGGUUAGAAACAAGGAGAUGAACAAAGCUUUGGAGCUUUUCAGGGAAAUGCAGAUGGAGAAUGUUAGUGUCAAUGAGUUUACAGCUGUCUGUGUUUUAUCUGCCUGCUCGGAUUUAGGUGCGUUGGAGCUCGGGCGUUGGGUACAUUCGUUUGUUGAGAGUCAAAGGAUAAAGCUUAGUAACUUCGUAGGCAAUGCUUUGAUUAAUAUGUACUCAAGGUGCGGUGAUAUCAAUGAAGCAAAGCGGGUUUUUAAAGAGAUGCGGGAUAAAGAUGCUGUUUCGUAUAACACGAUGAUCUCUGGACUAGCAAUGCACGGAGAAAGCUUUGAAGCCAUCAAGGAGUUUCGGGAUAUGGUGAACAGAGGGUUUAGGCCGAACCAGGUGUCUUUGGUUGCUCUUUUAAACGCAUGUAGCCAUGGAGGUUUGUUGGAUAUAGGGAUUGAGGUUUUUAAUUCUAUGGAGAGAGUUUUCGAUGUUGAACCGCAGAUUGAGCAUUACGGAUGUGUAGUCGAUCUUCUUGGUCGAGUCGGGAGACUAGAGGAAGCGUAUAGAUUCAUAGAAAACAUGCCGAUGGAACCGGAUCAUAUUAUGUUAGGAGCUCUUUUGAGUGCUUGUAAGAUCCAUGGAAACGUGGAACUCGGUGAGAAAGUGGCCAAGAGACUGAUAGAAUCUGAGGAGUCAGAUUCUGGGACGUACGUUCUACUAUCGAAUAUAUAUGCUUCAUCAGGGAAAUGGAAAGAAUCAAAUGAAAUCAGAGGAAGUAUGAGAGACUCAGGCAUUGACAAGGAACCUGGUUGCAGUACCAUAGAAGUGGACAACCAGAUCCAUGAGUUCCUUGUGGGAGAUACAACACACCCUGAGAAAGAAGCAAUUUAUCAGAGAUUACAAGAACUGAAUCGAGUUCUUAGGUUCGAUGAUGUUAUGUUGUAUAUCAAUGAUAUGUAGGUAACAAAAUACACAUUGUUCUCUCUGUUUUUCUAUGAAUGGUUUUAGCCAAAA